AUGGCAAUCUCCAGUUGGGUUCCACCUCCGCCCCCAGAUCCGAACACGCUUCAGAAUCCUCCGCCAUUUGAGCCGUUCCCCCUUGUUCAGGUGCGCAAUGGCAAGAUCAAGAAGUCUCUCGGGAAUGGCCGCAUCGAAACCGCAAUAUUCAAGUCAGCCAUUUCUGGUCCAGUCGAGAUCACUGGGAACGGCAUUGUGGGUGACGAGCACGCUUACGAAGCGCACCGCAGCCCAGAUAAGGCACUUCUCCACUACUGCACCUCCCACUACGAUGAUUGGAAACGCGAGAUCCCUACUUCAGAGGCGCACUUCAAGCCUGGUGCUUUCGGGGAGAACAUUUUCAGCACGCAAGUGAACGAGGGCAAUGUGUGUAUCGGAGACCGCAUUGCCAUUGGCGACAUCAUCGUCGAGGUCAGCGAGCCCCGAGCCCCCUGCUACAAGUUGAACCACCGGUUUGAGGUCAAGGACAUGGCCCAGCGUACCCAGACGCUUUUCCGUACUGGAUGGCUGUACCGCGUUGUCAAGCCAGGUACUAUCGAGGCCGGCGACAUGAUACAUCUACUCGAACGACCGCACCCAGAGUGGACUGUGGCCAGAGUGAUGUACUAUCUAUUCAUCGAAACCGGGAACAAAGACAAGAUGAAGGAGAUGCUUGAGCUUCCACAACUUGGCGAAGACAUCAAGGGCAAGUUCCGCACUCGAUUGGCCAAGGGUGUCAGCGAGGACCAGGACGGUCGGAUGUAUGGAAGCGACGAUGACAAGAUGGAUGCGUGGAAUGAAUGUCGCGUCGCGGAGAAGCGCAGGGAGACCAGCAAGAUCACAGCAAUCAUACUCGAGACCAUCGAGGACAUCAAAGAUCCGACUCCGAUUGAGCCUGGCAGCCACGUUCGACUUAAGCUGGGCGGCAAGCUGGUUCGAGCAUACUCGGUCAUCAGCGGCACCACGAAACGCUUCGAACUCGGCAUUGCCCUUGAUGCCAACGGCCGAGGUGGCUCAAAGUACUUGCACGAGCAAGUUCAGAUUGGAGAUGUCAUCACGGCGGGACGUAUCACGCCCUCCUUCCCUCUAGCUCUCGACGCAGACAAGCACAUCCUCAUAGCCGGCGGCAUCGGCAUCACCGCCUUCCUUGCCGCUCUUGCGCACCUCCACAACACGAAGCAGGACUUCCAACUCCAUUACGCUGUGUCGACCGAAGUACCCUUCAAAGAGCUUCUCACGGCUUUCGGCCCCAACGCGACCGUCUACAACAGCGCAGAAGGUACACGCAUGGACCUGACGGACCUCCUCUCCCAGGCCGACAACCGCACGCACAUCUACACUUGCGGUCCGGAGCGGCUCAUGGACGCUGUAUCCGCCGCCGCCAAUCACCUCUCCAUCCCAGAGUCGCUGGUGCACAAGGAGGCUUUCACAGUGACCACCUCCGGAGACCCUUUCACUGCUGAGCUUCAAAGCAGCAACAAGACCAUCGAGGUUGGCGCUACGCAGACCCUGCUCGAUGUGCUGAAGGAGGUUGGCAUGGCUAUCGACAGUUCAUGUGAAGUGGGCAACUGUGGGACGUGCAGGGUCGACGUGCUGGAUGGGAGGAUCGAACACAAGGGAACAGGUCUGUUAGACGAAGAAAAGGAUAAGAGCAUGUUGGCGUGCGUCAGUCGGGGAGUGGGAAGGAUAAUAUUGGGUCUGUAG